AUGCCAGGCGAAGAGAUUAUCACCAUUGUCAACAAUUCGGGCAAGAUCAUCAGCACGGGGAGGCAGCUGAUGGGCAUCUUCAAAGAUGCUAAAGCUACAUACCGUGAGAGGAAAGAAGCCGCAAGGGCGGAGCGCGACUUCCAGAACGGCAGCUAUUCCUCCGGCCGAUCACGGGGAGAAGUCCACAUCACAGUUCCUCGUGGCCGACAAUACGAUGAAUACGACUCCCCGGGUCCCAUCAAGACGCUCGAUGGCGGCAGCAUUAGGGAUCGUAAGCUUAUCGGCAACAGCAGUGGGCGCCGCAAAUCCCACGAUGAUGACACCCGUUCCUUCGCUUCUCGCUACACCUCUACUUCGCGCAGCAAGUCCCACCGCAAGCGAUCAUCGUCUCAAGCGCCUAAUCCCUCGACAGCCCUAACAGAGGGAAAUCUGAAAACGUACACGGAAAUAUCGGCAACGGCGCCGUCAAAGCCACCAAAGGGGUACAGCAAAGACCUAGAACUCGCCAGGCGACCAAGUCUGAACCACGCCAACACCAUGCCUGCCAGCCCGACCUUCGACGUGGCCGCUUCGGGCAGUCGUAGUCGCAACCCCUUUCACCGUCGCCAAACCGAAACCCCAUCCUCGUCCAAGAACAAGAACAGAGACCGGGACCAAGACCUAGCCUACGGCGACCUUCCUCCUGACCUUCACCUGCGCGACGACCUCAACCGCGGCCGUCACCGCUCCUCCCAUGACAGCAUGAAUCACUCCUACCCCGUCCCGCCUCAGGGCAUCCCCACGUUCGCCCCCGACUUCGCGCCCCAGGAACCCGAACAGAAGGAAGCGCUGGAUCUCAUCUCCCGCAUCGAAUCCUUCCUCCUCGAAGCACACUGCGUGCAGGCUUCAGCGUCGUGCAUAAUUGAAAAUCUGCAGCAGAACCCGGAAGCCGCGGCGGCUGUGGCGCUGUCGCUGGCCGAGCUUAGUGCGAUGAUUGGGAAGAUGUCACCUGCCUUCUUGGCAUUCUUGAAGGGUGGCAGUCCGGCCAUUUACGCCUUGCUUUGCUCGCCGCAGUUCUUGAUUGGUACCGGCAUUGCGGCCGGAGUGAUGGUGGUCAUGUUUGGCGGGUGGAAGAUCAUCAGGAAGAUCACGCAGGGGAAUGCGAAGCAGAAGGAAGCGGCGGUGGAGAUGAAUGCGGUUUCUGGGAAUGGGACUGCUAUGGGUGCUAUGGGAUUUGAUGCGGGGGCAAGGGCAGGUGCUGCUGCGGGAGGGCAUGAGGAUGCGUUGGUGUUGGAUGAGGAGUUGAGCACGAUUGAGUGCUGGAGACGCGGGAUUGUGGUGACGAGUGAGGAGGAGGCGGAGGUGGAGUUGAGGAGUCCGGAGGCGGAUAAGGCGUUGAAACAGAAGUAUAAGGAGGAGGUGGUGGAGGUAAGUCCAGAUGAUUCGGUUUCUCAGGUGGGAUUGGCGAGACGCACGACGGUGAAGAAGGAGCAUAAGCCGAGUGGGUUGAGGGAGAGGUUGAGGGAGGCUGUUGGUGGACAUUCUGAUAAGGAACGGGAUGGAAAGGACAAGGAGAGGGAGAGAGACAGCAAAGACAAGACCAGCAGCAGCAGACGCCACCGCGACGAUCUCGACGUUCCCGACCGCAAAUCCUCGCGCGACAAGAAGGAUAAAGCAACAAGCGAAGUCGGCGCCUCCUCUCAAGUCUCCUAUCGCAGCUCUCGCUCUCACCGCACAAGCGCUCGCAGCGAAGCUGGCGGCGGCUCCUUAUCGCGUUCGAAACUGGACAGAGAGAGAGAGAAGGACACCAAGGAUAGAGAGCGAAAGUCGGCCUCGAGAGUCGGCACCAGCAGCAGCAAGGAGGCGAGUCUGGAUGAUGGAGACAGCGGAAAGAAGAAGGGCAACAUGAUUAAGUCGUUGUUCAAGAAGAUGAAGGACAAGGAGGAUGAGAAGAUUGCCACCAAGGAGAAGGAGGAGAGGCGCGAGAGAGAUGGGAAGGAUAAGGAACGGGAGAGACGGACCUCCAAGGAGGGACAUGGAGAGCGCCAUGUGAGAAGGGCGGCGAGUGUCGCGAACUAAGGCGUAGGUCAUGAUGGGAUGAGGAACGAUAUGAGAU